CCGUGGCCACAGACCUGGUAGCACUUCCAGUUUCUACCUCUCCUGCUGUGCUUAUGUUUCCUCUAGUUGCCUGGAUGCGGCAUCUCUUUCUUCUCUCUGAAUGGGUGCAGGGGACGGUGGCAGCCGUGGGGCUGCGGCUCCAGGGCGGAGCGCGGCUUUGAUCCCGGGUAACCGCAGCCACUCGCUCUGCCACAGGGAAAAGUGGGCUCAGUUCAAGGUGGUGAACUUGCUGAUGGGCAUCUUGUUGACAGUAGAAGUGACUCAUCCAAAUAUGGUGCCAACUGUUGAUAUCCAGUAUGAAGUCAUUGGAAAUUACUAUGCUUCCGAUAGAAUGGCUGAAAAUGCCUGUGUUCUGUUUGCUAUCUCCCUUCUCAUGUUCACAAUCAGUGCAAUGAUGGUGUAUGGUGCCAUUGCUCAUCGUGUAGGCUGGCUGAUCCCAUUUUUCUGUUACCAACUCUUUGACUUUGUGCUCAGUUGUCUGGUUGCCAUCAGCUCUCUAACCUACUUGCCCAGAAUCAAGGAUUACCUGGAUCAGUUGCCGGAUUUUCCUUACAAAGAGGAUCUCCUUUCUUUGGACUCCAGCUGUCUCUUGUUUAUUGUUCUGGUGUUCUUUGUAUUAUUUAUCAUUUUAAAGGCAUAUCUAAUUAACUGUGUAUGGAACUGCUAUAAAUACAUCAUCAGCAGAAGUUUGCCAGAGAUUGCUGUGUACCCUGCUUUUGAAGCUCCUCCACAGUAUGUUCUGCCAACCUAUGAAAUGGCAGUGAAGAUGCCUGAGAAGGAACCUCCACCUCCCUACAUACCUGCCUGAAGUAAUUUUUAUGUUCAUUAACAUCUGUACCAGCUUCCUGGGGGUUUUGUCUUUUAAUCUUGCAAAACUGCUUAAGUAAUAGAAAUAUUCAGGGCUUUAGGAGCAAACUGUUCUGUUUAAAAUAUGUUUGAUAUAAACUUACUAAGCAACACACAUCUGAGAAUGAUUUCAUUUGCUUUAAUUUUUGUUCUCCCUAAUGCUCUUAAACAUUUUAUUGCCUUAGGGCCUUACACCUGCAAGAACUUAUGCAUGUGACUAACUUGUGGCUUUUAAUAAUACCAAUUGAGCCACUCUGAUUGAAGUUAGCUGUGAUUAUAAGUGUCUGCAGGAUUAUGCCCUUAAUUUAUAUUAAUUUUUUGUAUAGUAGUUCAUAAAGACAAUCUGAUCGUGCAGCAAAAUGACAGUUUGCCUUUAUCCAUUUUUUUGGAAGGGGAAGGGUUUGAAUGUGGUAUAUGUGACUUUUUUACUUUGCACUUUUCUCAUAUGUUAUCUUACCUUUUAUUGUGGUUUUUUUUUUGGUUAUCCUAUGUCUUGAAACAGUAUUUUUGAGGAACCAAGUGAGGGUGGCACAGGAGUUCUAUUACAGCGAGCUGGGAAUGCAAGAAAAAUAAAUAGCAAUGUGGAAGAUGGUUGCAUGCUUCUAAUCUUCUAUGUAUUUUCCUCUUUGUGAUAAAUGAUACUUAAAUAAAUCUUUUACAAAAUGUU